CAUGUCUUUGUCUAUAUCCUUGGCCUCUUCCAGGAUGUCUGGGGGAUACGGAGGUUUUGGUGCAAGUAGUGGAGCAAGAUUGGGUCUGGGGAUAGGGGGUGGUGCUGGUUUAGGUGGAGGUCUUGGCCUGGGAGGAGGACUGGGCUUUGGAGCCGGUGGAGGUCUUGGCCUGGGAGGAGGACUGGGCUUUGGAGCUGGUGGAGGUCUUGGCCUUGGUGGUGGUGCUGGAGCUGGUGCAGGAUUGGCACUGGGGGGUGGUGGUGGUGCACUGGUUGCCAGUCCUGCAUUCGCUAUGGGUCGCGCCAUUGCUGCAGGUGGACUCGGUGCAAGUGCCGCGCUCGCCUCCGGUCAAGCAUCAGGCUCUGCCAUGGCCCCAAUACUUUCCAGAGCAGCUGAGAAGCACACACUCUCUGGGCUGAAUGACCGCUUUUCCACAUACAUGGCCAAAGUACGGGCGCUACAGCAGGAGAACGCAGCUCUGGAGGCAAAGCUGUCCCAACUGACUGGGGGGACGGAUGUGUCCCAAGAGUCAUCUGUGACUGCCACGGUGGAGUAUGAGGCCCAGCUGAGCGAAUAUCGCAGCACAUUGGAAACUCUCACCAUCGACACUGUCAAACUGGAGAUCGAGCUGGACAAUGUCCGUGGAACUGCCCAUGAGCUGAAGGCUAAGCUUGACUUUGAACAAGGAGUGAAGUUUCAACUUGAGUCUGAUAUUGCUGCAAUGAAAAAGGACAUUGAAUUGGCCUCUGACUUAAGAAUUGAUUUGGAUGCCAAAUUCUCCAGCCUGAAAAAUGAACUGGACUUUGUCAGCAAAACACAAGAGGAGGAAUUGUCAUCUUUGCAAUCUAAACUGGGCACAACAACAAUGGAUACUUCAGUCUCAAUGAUUGAAGUAGACACCGGGAAGUCCUUCGACAUCUCUGUAGCACUCAACAAGAUGCGAAUGGAAUAUGAGAAAUCUGUACAGCAACACAGAGAGGAAGCUGAGGCUUACUACAAACUCAAGAUGGAUGAGAUGCAGACGACCAAUGCCAAAAAUACAGAAGCUGUGUCAUCAGCUAAAGUUGAGAUCACAGCAGCCAGGAAAGAGCUGCAGUCACUGAAUUUAGAGCUGCAAGGGCUUGCGGCUGCGAACAUGAGUCUGGAGCAGAGUUUAGCAGAAGCCCAGGCCCAGUCUAGUGUGGGCGUUGCUGAGUAUCAGGCACAGAUUGCUAGCCUCACAUCGGCCAUAGAGGUGGCUAAAGCAGACCUUCACAAACAGAUUCUGGCCUACCAAGAGCUGCUGGACAUCAAACUAGCCCUGGAUGUUGAGAUCUCCACCUACAGAAAACUCCUGGAAGGAGACGACUUCAAGGUGCCUGAGUUUACAGAGUCAUCCUACACUUUUUCAGGGAGGGCUUUGCCCCACACCAGCACCCCCCAGGACUCCCCCCAUAACCCUGCCCCAAAGGACAUACAAACUAGAUACAUCCUGACAGGCAAGUUUUAUUCUAACAUGCAAAGGCAGUGUAGGACAGAAACUGCUUCAGGUUUAUGAACAUUGACAAAUACUUCAGCUAAUUAUUAGUGCUCAUCCCUUGUCCUUUUCUGUCUCUCUGUUUAUUACUGUCUUUAUUCCAUUGUCCCUGUUUCUC